GUCAUUUUCCAAGUGAUGUUCGGGCGGCAACAAGGAUGGGUAAAUAUAUUCAUCGAAUAAUAGGACUUCAAUGACUCGCAUAAGAAACCCAUUUUCCUGAUUUCCUGGUGAUUUGAACUAGCGUUUCCGCUACGUUCCAACUUGUCCAAAGCAGGCCUUCGCCUCUAUACCAUACAAGAAUUUGUUCCUCGGAAAGAAGACUUCAAAGAAGACCGGUGCUAUAAUGGCGUCGUUCUUCCAAACCCCGUCCCUAGUGUAUGGGUCAGCUGUCGCAUUACGCGUUAUCCUUCUCUUCUACGGGGCAUGGCAAGAUGCCAACUCCCCCGUGAAAUACACAGACAUCGACUACAUGGUCUUCACCGAUGCGUCUCGGUACGUGUCUCAUGGGGCGUCCCCUUACGACCGAGACACAUAUCGCUACACUCCUCUCCUAGCCUGGAUGCUUCUCCCCACCUCCUGGUCCAUCCCGGGAUUCUUUGCCUUCGGUAAAGCGCUCUUCGCGCUUUCUGAUGUUAUAGCCGGAUGGCUCAUCUCGAAAUCCCUUGUGUCAAAUUACGGCAUGACUCCAGCGCGUGCUCUGAAGUACGCUAGUUUCUGGCUGCUAAACCCCAUGGUCGCGAAUAUCAGCACACGCGGCAGCUCUGAGGGUCUCCUGGGCGUGCUCGUUAUCGCCUUACUCUGGGCAGCACUGAACCGCCAGACCACCCUUGCCGGUAUCCUUCUUGGAUUCGGGGUGCAUUUCAAAAUCUAUCCGUUUAUCUACGGGGUUUCGAUCCUUUGGUGGCUUGACUCUGAGCGGGAAGCUGACGACCCCAACGAACCAAAAGCGCACAAGCAUCCGCUAAGCACUACUGCAGGUGCUGCGGCUACGACUACGGCUACUGGUACAGGUACUGGUGCUGCAUCAUCAAGAACAGGAGGAACUGCAACCAAGCCCGUCACGGAAUCUCGGGACCCCGAACCCAAAUGCUCCUCCCUGACCCCUGUCUUGUCUCCCCGGCAGAUCCUCGCAUUCCUCACCCCCACACGACUUCAGCUUAUCCUGACCUCUUUGGCGACCUUUGCCGUUCUCAAUUUAGCCAUGUACCGCCAAUACGGCACUCCGUUUCUCCAACAUACCUACUUCCAUCAUCUCACGCGCAUAGACCACCGACACAAUUUUUCUGCCUACAGCUCCUUGCUGUAUCUCUCUGCGGCGGGGGAUGGACACGGGAACUUCGAGUCCCUAGCGUUCAUCCCGCAAUUGCUUCUGUCUGUUCUCGUUAUCCCGAUGGUGUUGGCGAAAAAGAACCUUCCUGGAGCGAUGCUGGCGCAGACUUUUGCUUUUGUGACGUUUAAUAAAGUUUGCACGAGCCAGUACUUCCUAUGGUACCUUAUCUUUCUCCCAUUCUACCUCCCCGAUUCAUCUCUCCUCCGUAAUCCAAGACUCGGAGUGCUUGCUGCAGCCUUAUGGGUCGUUUCUCAGGCUGCCUGGCUCCAGCAGGGCUUCAACCUAGAGUUCCUAGGCAUAUCAACAUUCAUGCCGGGGCUGUUUCUCUCGUCGCUGGGCUUUUUUGCUGUGAAUGUCUGGAUUCUAGGGAUCAUAGUUGCUGAUAUUGGGGGGGUUCCGAGCUCAUAGGGAAUUUAUUGUUCCAUUUCUUGAAAAAAAAACAAAAAGAAAUGGCGUGCAGUAAAUAAAUAUAUAUACAUACUACUACGGUUUAGAAUAGACAUGCCAUAAAUACCCGUGCUAUUGGGUUGGUUU